GUUUGUGUUGUAGUAGCAGGCAGCCUGCUAUUAGUUGACAGGCGAGCAUGCAUCACUUUAUUUCAAUCACAUCUCUCUGACAAAUAGGCAGCAUUGAAGAGAUUGGGAGAAAAUUGCGUAGCCACUUUAGAGCUCCUAAUUGCCAUGGAAAAGCAGUCCAAGGUGGAAUUUCGGAAUGUGGGACAGAUGUAUUUCCCCCAAAGUAGAGUGGAGUGCCACUACAGCCUUACCUCUCAUCAUCACUGGACCAACAAGGACUGGAUAGGCCUCUUCAAGGCUGGCUGGUCAUCAGUGAAAGAGUACACCACCUUUGCAUGGGCACUCACUCCUGAGGGGUACACAGAAGGAAAUAAUGCCAACUGCUGUGUACAUUUCCAAGCCUCUUACCUGCCCCGCCCCAGUGCGGUGGAGUACCAGUUUGUCUAUGUGGAUCAGAGAGGCGAGGUGUGUGCCCGCAGUCGCCAGUUCACCUUCUGCAUUUCCAGGCCUCUGGAUGAGCUGGAGACAUUGACAGAGGAGCGGGACGAGGAUGAGGAGGGCGGAGAGGGGGACGGGGACGACCUGCUCCUGGUGGUGCCCAGAGCUCAACUCCUGCAGACUCGGCUGGAUGAAUGCCUUAGAGAACAGGCCGAUUCAAAACAGGCCCGGGAGGAGGCAGAGAGGGAGAAGGAGAGAGAGGAAGAAAGGAGCAAAAUGGCGAAGGAUGAGUGGGAGCGAGAGAGGGAGGGGAUGAAUGAGGAGAUCUCUGAAUUGAGGGACAACCUGAGACGGAGCUGCGACAGGAUGGAGAAGGUGGAGGGGAAACAGAAGGAUAUGCAGUCCUCUCAAGAAACCUUGUCUACUCUAUUGGAUGAGAAAGCUGAGUUCCUGCAGCGAAUCAGAGGGCUGGAAGAUGACAUAAUGGUUCUAAUUCAGAGAGGGAAGGAGACAGAAGCUGAACUUGAAAGGAUGAAGGAGAGAGUGAAAAAGAUGUCCACUCAAUUGAGGGAUGAAGAACAGGAGAGAAAUAAUCUGCAGGUGGAGAACGGGGCUGUGCUGGCUGAGCUGAGGGCGAUGCAAAAGCGUUUGGAGGCCAGCGAACGCGGGGCAGAAGGUCUGAGGCAGGAGCUGCGUGAGAUGGGGGCUCAGCAGGGCCACAGCCACGCUGAGCUGCACCAAGCCAGGCUGCAGGCCGCCCAGCUCACCCUGCAGCAGUCUGAGGCUGACCUGGCCCUGAGAGAGGGACGCGCCCACUGGGCCCAGGAGAGAGAGGCCUUCCAACAAGCAGCAGAGCUUGAUAAAGAGAGGGUGCAGAAGUUAAGCCGUGAGAUGCAGCGGAAGGAACAGUGGCUCCAAGAGGAGAGGAUGGAGAGGCAGAAACUAGAAGUGGAGCUUGGAAAAGAGAAGGAUUGCAACAGGGUGCUGCUGAGCGAUGCCCGCAGGGAGGUGCAGGAACUGAAGGCCAGAAUGAGAAUGAGCCAGAAGGAGAGAGAGCAGCAGAAGAUGGAGAGACAGGACCUGCUGGACUACAUGCAUCAGUUGGAGCAGAGACUGGAGGUGGCUACAGACAAUAAGUGGAAUGAAGUGGCUCUCUACUACUCAACCACUCGUGACGCUGACACUCCAUCUCAGGAUGAGACACCCUCUUCUGAGGAUGAGAUGCCUGCAUCUCCCCUACCCUACCGGACACCCAGACUACACUACUGGAGCGACGCCCUGGAACGCUCCUCUCACCGUAGUGUGAAGUGUCUCCAGACUGAGACGGAUGAGGAAGAGCAGAACAAGACCAGUAAGGGUGAAGACACACCACUGAUUCUGCCAGACCUCACCAACCCCAUGCUAAGUGAGUUUGCAGACUGCUCCCCCUUGUGGUAACAGCAUUGAGGACAGAGGACAAGUUGCUUGAUAAUUUACAAUGUAGGCCCUAUAUUAUUGUUGGCUACAGUCAGCCAUGCAGACAAACUGUGCUGUAGAGAUACAAUAUGUAUACGAUUAUGAAUCUGGCUUGGGAUGUUGUGUGUGAUGAGUGUGUUUUUUUAAAGACUGUAUUGGUUGUGUGGUGAGUUACUCUACAAAAAAUAUUCUAACUAAAAAAACAAUUUGGCACUUUUUCUCUUCGAUUUUUUUGUUUGUUUACAUUAUAUUAGUGGUUUGGUUAAGAUUCAAUGUUGGAAAUUAAAAGAUGUUUUGCAUGAAAGGUGACUAUUGUGCCAUGUUCAUAUGAGCACAGUCUCAACUGAUGUUUGCAUAGAAAUGGAACAAUGGUUUAUUAGGCCAUACAACUUAGCAGAUGCUAGCUGUCGACCUACAUUUGAAAUGAGAGGUUUCUUAUUGAAAGCAAUGUGUCUAUUUGAAAAUGUUACUAUUUUGAUCUAGGUAUACAUUUUCUCUAGGUGCUAUAACUAGCCCGAUUUGUGAGUAGGCUUUAAAAAUGUUUGUAGAUUUGUAAAAGUGUUCACAGGAGUUAUAGAAUGAACAAGUUGUGUCUAUUGGUUAUGUGGUUUUCUUUUAUUUAACGAUUUAUCCAUUUGACUGUGAAGUUUACUUUCUGAGUGCUUCACACGGUGUAGAGUCGUUUCUGUAAUAAAACACUACCUGUUUAUUGAUUGAU